GUAAUUGAACACCAAUAGAAUAAUUUUUUAAAAAAGAAAGGAAAUAAAGGUCAGCUCAGCUAUUACAAAGUAAAAAAAAAGUUGAUGACCUUUUGAAAUUGUUCCCCAUGAGCUUAAAAUUGUCUGUCAGUAUCCUAUGUAUUAAAUGCAAAUAACUAUGACUAAUAAAAAAAGGAUCUUCUUUUCUUUAUGUCUUCUUUUAUGGUAGAGAAAAAUCCUUCUCAAACAGACCACCCCUGACUUCUCUUCAUGAUCUUAUUGGUCAUGAUUGUAUCAGAUGCCAAUGUCUUAACCAACCACUGCUGCAGAAAUGGUGCCUCCCCGAUUAGCUGUGACAGUCAAGUUUCCUUCCUGGGGACUUGGGCUGAUGCCCACCACCCCAUAAGUACAUGGCCACGAAGGUGUGUGGAUAUUUAAAUUAUACCAAGGGUCUAGUCUGAAGGAGAAAUGACUCUUGUUUAGGACACCUACUGAGUCAGCUACAAGUUAAUCAGAAAUUACAGUGAUGUGUAAUAAGCGCCAUGGAGAAGCAUGUAAGUUCAGGAUGCUGUAGAGAUGCACAAGAAGGGCCACUAGCCAGGCUUGCCAGAAUAAGGGGAAAGGAGAGUGUUAUCUGUCCUGAGAUACAGAGGACAAAAGGAGAAAACCAAGGGAAGGAUGGUGGGAGGAGAGGGCAGGUGUCCAGUAGACAGUGUAGCAUGUGCAAAUAAAUGACUGUGAAUAAGGGAGACAGAUCAUAGUGGGUUUGGGGGAUGCUGAACAUCAGUUUGCCUAAGUAUAGAGCAAAAGGUGGCCACCCAUCAGAAAUAGGGCUGGAGACAUACUGGAGUAGAUAAUAAUAAGUCAUAAAGAAAUUCAUACUUUAUUCUACUGCAGUGGGGAGCCAAUGAAAGAUUUUAAGGCAGCAAGUAGAAUCAUCAGAUUUACACUUUAAAAAAUCUCUUUGGGAAAUUUAUUUGUAUAAGGUUAAAACUGGAGGUGGUUGAAACAAGAGAGAAUCAAUUGCAAUAAUUCUGGGGGGAAAUGGUGAUGGAGAUGUAAAAAGGAGAAUAUAUUUGAUGGACAUUUAGAAAUUCGGACUAAUCAGGACUUAGUUAAAAAGGAGGUAAGAGAAGUAGGAAUCAAUAAUCAUUCAGAUUUCUGGCUUGGGCAAACAGGAUGAAGAUAACAUUUAUGGAGUAUAAUAUACAAAGGAAAAGCCAAUUUGGAGGGGAAAGGAUGUGUUUAAAUUGUAUCUAGUGAUUUUUGGGGAGCCUACUCUGUCUAAAAAGAAAGAGAAAUACUUCAGACUUGGAGUGAUGAACACAAAAUACAAUACACAGAUGAUAUAAUAUUGAACUGUAAAUCUGAAACCUAUAGAAUUUUAUUAACCAAUGCCACCCCAGUAAACUCAAUAAAACUAAAAUAAAUAAAAAGAAAUAUUUCUGUUCUUAAAGUACUUUAAGAUGGUAAGAAAUAUAUUAGCCAAUAAGUGAUAUAUGACAGUACUAAAAAUACUGUAAUUUAUUGCAGAAGGUGUUAAGUAAAACAGGAGAGGGAUAAAGUUUAGAGAAGGAUGUGCUUCUCUAAUUUUUUUAAUUAAUUUUUUUAAAGAUUGUGCUUAUUUAUUUUUAGAGAGAGGAGAAAGGAGGGAGAAAGGGAGGGAGAGAAACAUCCAUGUGCAAGAGAGCUCAGUUGCCUUUUCCACACCCCCAACUGGGGACCUGGCCUGCAACCCAGGGAUGGGCUCAGACUGGGAAUGAACCUCUUAAUUCACAACCUUUUUGUUCACAGGCUAGCAUUCAGUCCACUGAGCCACGCGAGCCAGGGCAGAAGUGCCUUUUUCUGAGGAAUGAACAAGUGAGAGAAUCUGAAAUUACUCAUAAAAGAUAAAAAUUUUAGUUGAAUCUUGUCUGUAAAGAUUAGACAGAUGUGAAUUGUAGAGGGCUGGGAGCACUGUUCUCUUUAUCAGGCAGAUUUGAAGAAUGGUAAUUGGCUGGGUCCCAAGGGAAAAUUCGAAUGGGUAUAAUACAAUACAAAGUUUGUGGGCUGGUUGACUUGGUCAGAACUUUCAUGAUGCCAAGAGAAAAAAAAUACACAUUCUGUCUAUACUGAUCUUUUAUUGCGAGGUGUAUUAGUUAGCUGUUGAUACAGUAAUGCUACAUAACAACCAAGCACAAAAUAUCUGUAGCAUAUAGCAAUAAACAUUUGUUUCUUGCUCAUAGGUCUGCUAUGAGGCUGGGGUAGUUCUGCUCUGGGCUACAGGUUGCCUUCCUGUUGGUUCCUGAUGUUCUUCCUUCUUGGAUCAGUGGUUUCCUGGGGCCUGUCCUUGUCAUGGCAGAGUUGGCAACUCCCAGGCUGGCAAAUGAAAACACUACAAAACUCUUAAGGCCUCAGGUUGAAACAGGCAGAUCAUUAUACAGAAUAAUUGCGUUCUGUUGGUCAAAAUACAUAAAAAGGCCAAGCCCCUCUAUCAUUGAGAGAAGGGCAGUGAGGGGAGAGGGACGGUGAAGGCAGUGCAUACUUACUGAAUAAUAACUAGCCCAUGACAUAAUGAUAGUAGAAAUUUCAGAUAUCGUGGGUUUUGACCCAUUAGCUACAAACCUUCUGAAACACUGGGGCUAUCAACUGAGGAGUGCCCAUUGGGCUUCUUAGGCAUACUCAGGACAACAACCCUACUUGAGUGACCUCCUUUUUGCCUUGUACUUUGCCUUUCCAAAGGGAUGAUAUGAGCCCCUAUACUGCUCAUGGAGCUGAAUGGUUAUUGGUCAGAAUGAGAACCAGCUACUUCAGGAUCAUCUCACAGUUACCAUUAGUUGCCUCCGUUCUCAUGCAGCAGCGUAGGUCCGUUCCUCUAGGACCAAUUGGAGGUUGAUAAUUACCUCUCUCUCCAGCACUACUGAGUGAUAAGAACUGAAGCAAUAAAAAAUGAUUGCAAUAUUUUCCUUAACAUGUAGUCUUUGGCCUUCUUCCAAAAACUAGGCACAUGUAUGAAAGACAAGCUAAAAAAUUGGGCUGGUUAUUGUACCAAUAAUGUGUCUGAACAUCCCUGAGAAAGUAUGUGGCCAAUGGAAGUAACACUUUUCUCAUCAUUGAAGAUGUCCUCAAAUUGUAUUAUGUCUAACACUCUACUUACUUGCUAUGUAAGCAGGAGAUUUCAGCCAUAGUCUGAUUUCCUGAAUUAAAAGUAUAUGACUAUAGUCUCAUUAAUUUAUCCAUUCUCAAGCCCAAAUAGUCUCAUGAUGCUUGAGUAGAAACUAGUGUGUGUGUAUGUGUGUCCUGUUUUGAGAAGAUCAUCUUUUAAUAUUGAUACUGGUGACAUGGUCAUAUAAUAUGCAAGGGAGCUCACUUCCUGUUUCCCUGUACUUCCCAAGUUCUACUAAGCACUUUUUCUCAUUUUAUUCUCUGGCUUCUGUGUUGCUAGCAACCACCAGUGACUCAAGAAGGCCACAUACAGUGAAGAAAGAAGUGCCUUUCCCGGCACAGUUCUGCUCUGAGGUUCCUUUUCACUUUACCAAGAUGAGAAUGCGUGACUGCUCCUUUUCUCUUCAUCCCAUAGUCCUUUCAGAUCAAAGCUCUGGCUUCUCUUUUAUGACUACUUUUCCAUUGCAGACUCUCCUUGAUGUUGAAGAAGGCUGUUGAAAAAGAGGAAGAAAGAGGAGGGGGAACACAAAGGCAAGAUGAUUUUGACGUGGACAAUGGCACAUCUGCGGGACGGAGUCCCUUGGACCCCAUGACCAGCCCAGGAUCUGGGUUAAUUCUCCAAGCAAACUUUGUCCACAGUCAACGUCGGGAGUCAUUUCUAUAUCGAUCCGACAGCGAUUAUGACCUCUCUCCAAAGUCUAUGUCCCGGAACUCCUCCAUUGCCAGCGACAUACACGGAGAUGACUUGAUUGUGACUCCAUUUGCUCAGGUCUUGGCCAGCCUGAGAACUGUACGAAACAACUUUGCUGCGUUGACUAAUUUGCAAGACCGAGCACCUAGCAAAAGAUCACCCAUGUGCAAUCAGCCUUCCAUCAACAAAGCCACCAUCACAGAGGAGGCCUACCAGAAACUGGCCAGCGAGACCCUGGAGGAGCUGGACUGGUGUCUGGACCAGCUAGAGACCCUGCAGACCCGGCACUCCGUCAGUGAGAUGGCCUCCAACAAGUUUAAAAGGAUGCUCAAUCGGGAGCUCACCCAUCUCUCUGAAAUGAGUCGGUCUGGAAACCAGGUGUCUGAGUACAUAUCCAACACGUUCUUAGAUAAGCAACAUGAGGUGGAAAUUCCUUCUCCAACUCAGAAGGAAAAGGAGAAGAAGAAAAGGCCGAUGUCUCAGAUCAGCGGGGUCAAGAAGCUGACGCACAGCUCCAGCCUGACCAACUCCAGCAUCCCGAGGUUCGGGGUUAAAACGGAGCAAGAGGACGUCCUCGCCAAGGAACUAGAAGAUGUGAACAAAUGGGGCCUUCACGUGUUCAGAAUCGCAGAGCUGUCUGGGAACCGGCCUCUGACUGUUAUCAUGCACACCAUCUUCCAGGAACGGGAUUUAUUAAAAACAUUUAAAAUUCCAGUGGACACUUUAAUCACAUACCUUAUGACCCUGGAAGACCAUUACCACGCCGACGUGGCCUACCACAACAACAUUCACGCCGCAGACGUCGUCCAGUCGACACACGUGCUGUUGUCUACGCCGGCUCUGGAGGCUGUGUUUACAGAUUUGGAGAUUCUUGCAGCAAUUUUUGCCAGUGCAAUACAUGAUGUCGAUCAUCCUGGUGUGUCAAAUCAGUUUCUGAUCAAUACAAAUUCUGAACUUGCCUUGAUGUACAAUGAUUCUUCGGUCUUGGAGAACCAUCACUUGGCUGUGGGCUUUAAGUUGCUUCAAGAAGAAAACUGUGACAUUUUCCAGAACUUGACCAAAAAGCAAAGACAAUCAUUAAGGAAAAUGGUCAUUGACAUUGUACUUGCAACAGACAUGUCAAAACACAUGAAUCUGCUGGCUGAUCUGAAAACUAUGGUUGAAACUAAGAAAGUGACAAGUUCGGGAGUGCUGCUGCUGGACAAUUACUCAGACAGGAUUCAGGUCCUCCAGAACAUGGUGCACUGCGCGGACCUGAGCAACCCCACGAAGCCUCUCCAGCUGUACCGCCAGUGGACAGACCGCAUCAUGGAGGAGUUCUUCCGCCAGGGGGACCGGGAGAGGGAGCGGGGCAUGGAGAUAAGUCCGAUGUGUGACAAGCACAAUGCAUCUGUGGAAAAAUCACAGGUGGGCUUCAUAGACUAUAUCGUUCAUCCUCUCUGGGAGACAUGGGCAGACCUUGUACACCCUGAUGCCCAGGAUAUUUUGGACACUUUGGAGGACAAUCGUGAAUGGUACCAGAGCACAAUUCCUCAGAGCCCCUCCCCAGCACCCGAUGACCAGGAGGAGGGCCGGCAGGGUCAGACUGAGAAGUUCCAGUUUGAACUCACUCUAGAGGAGGAUGGCGAGUCAGACACUGAAAAGGACAGUGGAAGUCAAGUAGAAGAAGACACUAGCUGCAGUGACUCCAAGACUCUCUGCACUCAAGACUCGGAGUCCACCGAAAUCCCCCUUGAUGAACAGGUCGAAGAGGAAGCAGUAGGGGAAGAAGAGGGAAGCCAGCCGGAAGCUUCUGUAAUAGACGACCAUUCUCCUGACACGUAACAGUGCAAAAGACUUUCACGCCUUUUUUUUUAGUAGAAAAAUUGUUUCCAAAGUGCAUGUCACAUGCCACAACCAUGGUCACACCUCACUGUCAUCUGCCAGGACGUUUGUUGAACAAAACUGACCUUGACUACUCAGUCUGGCGCUCAGGAAUAUUGUAACCAGUUUUUUCACCUCCAUGUCAUCAGAGUGAGGGGGAUAUCGUCACGAACAGCAUUUUAACAAGAUUUCAGCUUGGAAAUGCUGACAAAGCAGAGAAAAAUCAACUCCAAAAUGUUUCUGAGACAGCGUGGCUCAUCUGACAGCCCAGAAGUCGAUAUGACUUGGGAUUUCUUGUCUUUUUAUUUGUCUAUGAUAUUUUCAGUGGAAAGGAGGCAUUACACAGACGGAGUGAACUAAUGAAUGAAGCAGCAAACGGGUCAGGAACAAGACACAGCGUGAAUCUGUUACCAGGAGGAAGAUGAGCCACAGAAAUCACAUAAUUUUCUAAUUUCAAGUCUUCCUGAUACAUGACUGAACAGUGUGGUUCAGUGAGCUGCACCGACCUCUGCAUUUUGUAUGAUAUGUAAAACGGACUUUUUGUAGAGCUUACUUUUAUUAUUAAAUGUAUUGAGGUAUUAUAUUUAAAAAACUCUGUUCAGAACUUCAUUUGCCACUGGUUAUUUUUUUCUAAGGAGUAACUUGCAAGUUUUCAGUACAAAUCUGUGCUACACUGGAUAAAUCUAAUUUACAAAUUUUACUUGCACCUUAUAGUUCAUAGCAAUUAACUAAUUUGUAGUGGUUCAUUGUUUUAUAUACCAAUGACUUCCAUAUUUUAAAAUGAAAACUAAUUUUAUGUUGCAAGAAGCUCUUUUUGUAGGGUCUUCGUUUACGUUGCCUUUUGUUUCACUGUUUCCCAAUAGCAGAGUUGCUCGUCACUGACACUUUCCUUCAUGGUGUGCAAAGUGUUUGUUCAGUAAAACUUCCACGUGCGUUCUUUCUAAUGUGUCUUAAGCUUCAUGGACAUUCAGUCAUCAGUUGGUGUUGUCUGAAGCAAAUGAGAGACAUAUAAAUACCCAGUAGCUACAAUGGUCAGCCUUUUUUAGAUAUUUUCCUAUUCAGUGUCUUCGGGUGUCUGUUUGCUCUGUCAGUAGACCAUGCACCCUCAUUCCCCGAGUGCGUGUCUUCGUAAUAACCCACGUACAUCCUGCUCACUUUUAUUGUUUCCACAGUCCGUUGUAGCCAGACGAACUUUUGCUCCUUGUGCUGCCUUAUUAUUUAGCGUGUGUUUGAACCUCUGUCCAUGUUCAUAGAUAGGGUCCUAUUGACCGUAUCAUUGCCAUUUUGAUUGAUGGGGGAGAAACAGGUAGGUUAGAGUUAGCAUCAAUUUCUAUGGCGAGGUCACAUGGAAUGACUAGCUUUUACUAGCUUUUGACUUGAUUUACAGAGGAGAGGUAACAGCUAAUUAGGCAGUUUUAAAAAUAUUAGCAGAACAUAUUCAGAAACACCAAUAUAACUAAUGCUCUUUUGUUUCUAUGAUUUUGCCAUGGGAUUAAGACUAUAUGAGGAAUAUUCUUGAAAAGUCAUCCGAAGUGUAGCAACCACCCUUCCUUAAUGGACAAGCACGUAACAAGCGGGAACCACCCUGUCAGUUGUCGCUGCUCCAUGAGUAUCUCUCGUACAGGAGAACCGCCUGGGUCGCAUGGAGGGAAAGGUCUGUGCUGCCACCAGGGCCAGGUGUUUGGCCAUCCAGUGCCACCUUGGAAUACUGGGUUGAGUAGAAAGAUUCUGCAGAAAUAAAAAUUAGAGAUCACCCUUGGCUGAAUUUAGCAGCAAGAAUUUUAUUACAAUUUUAGAGAUUAAUGCCCAGUAUUUACCUUCAGUUGGCAUCUUGGGGCAUUUAUUUCAUGUGGACUUUCUUCCCAUUUCAGCUCUUAAUACAGUGUUUGCCUUCUCUGUGGAGAGUUUGGAACCCAAAUGAUCAUUUUUCACAUGGAUAUCCGAGAAUUGACAUAGAACUAAGGGGGGGGCAGUAUCUGACUAAAUGGGAAGUAAAUAAAACGGUUAAGAAACAGUGUAACCCUGAAAAACAUUUAUGCUUAGGAUGCUGCAGGAAACCUUCUGGAGACAAGCAGUAAAUAAUCAGCCAGGGAAAUGACCGAGUGGAAGAGAGCUCCUGUUUUAAUCCCCCUGAGACCCGCUGGUGGGGAACUCACGAAGCUCUGAUCUUUCACACAGAGCAGAAAAGGAACCCACUGAUUAGUGGUCGGGUUUCCACCCUCCCUCCCCUGUGAAGAUCACACAGUAACCUUUCAGAUAAUGUCCUACCUUUGUCCAGAAACUCAUUUCUGUUUUAGUUUUAUUUGUCCCUGAUGGAGGUCUAGAAGAAAAGGCAAAGAAUCUAGGGUUUAUUCCCUUUUCCAAAAUAAUCUCAUUCCCUCCUCUCCCUAAUACUUGGUAUUUCCCCCACAGAGUGCCUAGAAUCUUAAUAAUGAAAAAAAAUUUUUAAACAGCAAUAUGUCACAAACAAAUCCAGACCUGAAAGGGUUUACAUCUGCACUAAAAAAGAGAUGCUUUCUUUUUUCAAUUUGUUAAUUUUUUAAUGGUCACAUAUGGUGAAGUUACCCACUGAUUGACAAUCAAAUUGUAGAAAAUGCAUAAUAUCCAAGAGACAGGGACUAAUGCACUGUACGAUCAGUUUAUCCUCUCCCUUCUUUCUCCUUUUUCUCCCUCCUUCUCUCUCGCCCAAGUGUGCUUCAGAAUUAUACACCGCUUUAAAAAUAACAUCCUUUCACAAGUGGCUUUAUGUUUCCUAAAAUGCCAUAAGAAAAUGCAAUACCUGGGUACUGUAUGGGGAAAAAAUGUCCAAGUUUGCAUAAAACCAGUGCAUUUCAGCUUGCAAGUUACUAAACAUAAUAAUGCUGUUUUAACUUUAUUUUAUUUUACGUCACUUAAAAUUCACAACAAAAUAAUGUAGAUAGAACAAAUUGCAGAUAAGGAAAAAACUUGAAUGAAAUGGAUUUCACAGAAAGCUUUAUGAUAAUUUUCGGAUGCAUUAUUUAUUUUUUGUGCCAUGCAUUUUUUCUCACCAAAUGACCUUACCUGUAAUACAGUCUUGUUUGUCUGUUUACAACCAUGUAUUUAUUGUAAUGUACAUACUGUAAUGUUAAUUGUAAAUUAUCAGUUCUUAUUAAAACAUCAGCCCAUGAUGGGAUGGUGUUGAUAUAUUUGGAAACUCUUGGUGAGAGAAUGAAUGGUGUGUAUACAUACUCCUUGUACAUUUUCUUUUCUCCUGUAAUAUAGUCUUGUCACCUUAGAGCCUGUUUAUGGAAAAUUCAAGAAAAACUAUAAAAUACAUAAAGAUAUAUAAAUUUAAAAACAUAGCUGCAGGUCUUUGGUCCCAGGGCUGUGCCUUAACUUUAACCAAUAUUUUCUUCUGUUUUGCUGCAUUUGAAAGUAAGGUUACGGUGAGGCUAGGGCUGGGCAUUUCACAUCCAAGCUUUGAAUCCAUUGGUUUUCUGGUGGUGGCUGGAUUUUGCAAAACCACAGAUGACCUCCGGAAGAUCCAGAGACCCUUUGGAGACACAAGCUUAAGGACUCCUUGCCAUGGAGCCGUGCUGCAUGUGGGACAGAUGUUUUCCCCAUCUGUUGAUCUUGAGUUAGUUACACUGAUUUGUUGUCUACUUCCAACACUACUGGGAAAAUAUAUUCUUGUCCAGUGAUUAUAAAAAGUACUUUUGGCACCUAGAGCACAUAGGCAAGUGAAUUUGAUUUGAAACUAGAGCCAAGGGUCUCACCUGCUGGUUAAUCAUUUAUUCAUCGCUUCCUAUCAUACUAAGAAAAGAUAUCACAUGAAAAAUGUCAUUUUUGAACCCUGGAAUUUUUCUUUAAUUAAGAUCAACUAAAAUUUUAGUGUGUAAGUCCGUAGGAUACACAUUUUAUAUGAUGCCAAUUGACAUAGCAUAAAGGAUUUACCGUUCUCUAGAAUUUGUUUCUGCAAAACUUAUAUUGCUUUAGAAUUUAAAAAUUAACCUUUCACCAUGGCCAGCUCCAAAAAGCUAUGAAAAAUUCCCAGUGGAUGAUGAGGAAACUUUUUUCCACUGCUGCCCAGCCCUCUGAAAACAUGGCUUAGUGAAAGGAGAGAUUCUUUUUUAGGAAAAAAUGAGCCUUCUAUUAUUUUGUUUUAUUUUUUGACACAAACUGUAGAUUUUAGCAGCCCUGGCCCAAAGGAAUUUGAUUACUUUUGUUUUACACAGUACAAAGGGGACACUAUAAUUACAAAAACACAUCCUUCGUUACUGAUUUUAGUUGUUUUUAAUUUCAUUUCCUUAGAUAAUGUUCUCAGAGUGGUAACUUGUGUGUGAGCAUUAUAAAUGACAAAUCUUUUAGUGGUUUCUUAGCCUCUCUUACAGCCCAUGGGGAUAGUACUGUACAUCAAUACCUUCAUAUGAAAUUUUUAUAUGCAAUGGAAAUAAAAGCAUGGGUUGAUUCUGCCUA